AUGGACAAAGCGGAAGCACUGACGAUCCAAGUCUUCCUUCUUCUUGGCGCUGCCCUGUUCUCUAUCGGCGGACGAUUAUACGUGCGGUGCCGGCAAUUCGGAGUGAAAGACCUCGGCCUCGAUGAUGGGCUUGUCGUUGCGGGAAUGAUCUUGUUUGUGCUGAAUGUGAUGUGGGCGUACAUUAUGACUACGCAGACACAGUGGACAGGCAAUCGCUCUGUAAUGAAUGGUCAAGCUGGAGCGCAGUCGACCGGACUGGAAUAUCAUCUGGGCUCAACGAUGAUGGCUCUUUUUCAACAUUGCCGGCCACUAUCACGCAUGUGGCCAACGUAUUCGGACCCGGGGCAGCAUUGCCAGCCCGCUACCUCGCCGGUGCUGGUAUGGGUUUGUCUCGGCUUCGACAUCAUCACGAAUUUGUACUUGGCAUUCGCUGCUGUAUCUGUCGCUGCCAGGGAAGGCAAGCCUACGAGGGAUAAGCUUCAGUGGUUUGCGGCGCCGGUUUGUGGCCUGCUUGCCACGGGGGCCGCAAUUGCACGGGCUGUCAUUUUGUCAUCGGAUCACAACCUCGAUGUAGAGCAACGUGCGGAGGCUUGGGCUAUUUGGCAGAUCUUCAUCUUUGUUGCGGCCGUUGGUUUUGCAGAGGUUUCCUACCAGGAUUACUCUCAUAUCAAAGAUGUCGAUGCUACUAGCUUCAAGGACUAUAUCUGUUCGAGUCGUUUCUCCACCAGACGACCCAGCCUCGCCGAGUCGGAAGCGACCAUCGUCGUCACGCCUGAGCUGACAGAUUUACACGACAAACUGGCGGAUAUGUCGGUCGAAGAGAUUAUGGUCGAGGGCUGUCGGACCUCGGGUAUACGACGCAAAGUGGAAGUAUCGGUGGUCCAGGAAAGCUUUGUCAUAGCGCCAGAGGGACCGUGCAACAUCUGCGGAAACUAUACGAAAAGCUGGGCAAACGACGAGGACGCAAACAAGCCGGAGCAGCGAAGCACCUAUUUUGGAGGCAACGUCCAUUUCCAUGUGCCAAGUUGUGGCAUCAUCAACAAAGAACAAACAUGA